GGGCGGGAACGCACUUCGCAGAGACUUUUCCCGGACAAACCUGCAGAGUCUCUGGAGGAUGGCCUGAAGGCCCCUGAGUGCGCUAGCGGCAUGUACAAAGAGACCGUCUACUCGGCCUUCAAUCUGCUCAUGCACUACCCGCCUGCCUCCGGAGCAGGGCAGCCCCCGCAGCCGCAGCCCCCGCUGCACAACAAGGCCAGUCAGCCCCCUCACGGAGUCCCCCAACUGUCCCCUCUCUACGAACAUUUCAGCAGUCCACACCCCAGCCCUGCGCCCACCGACAUCAGCCAGAAGCAAGUCCACAGGCCCUUGCAGACCCCAGACCUCUCUGGCUUCUACUCUCUGACCUCAGGCAGCAUGGGACAGCUCCCUCACACUGUGAGCUGGUUCACCCACCCAUCCCUGAUGCUAGGCUCGGGCGUACCUGGCCACCCUGCAGCCAUCCCCCACCCGGCCAUCGUGCCCCCCUCAGGGAAGCAGGAGCUGCAGCCCUAUGACCGAGGCCUGAAGACUCAGGCAGAGGCCAAAAUGGAGAAGGAGACAAAGAAGCCAACCAUCAAGAAGCCACUCAAUGCCUUCAUGCUGUACAUGAAGGAGAUGCGAGCCAAGGUCAUUGCUGAGUGCACCCUCAAGGAAAGCGCGGCCAUCAACCAGAUCCUAGGACGCAGGUGGCACGCGCUGUCUCGGGAAGAGCAAGCCAAGUAUUAUGAGCUAGCCCGCAAAGAGAGGCAGCUGCACAUGCAGCUCUAUCCAGGCUGGUCGGCUCGGGACAACUACGGAAAGAAGAAAAGGCGCUCAAGGGAAAAGCAUCAAGAAUCCAACACAGGAGGAAAAAGAAGUGCACUCGGUACUUACCCGGAGAAGGCCGCUGCCCCAACCCCGUUCCUCCCGCUGACAGUGCUCUAGGCUGCCCAGGGUCCCCAGCCCCCCAGGACUCACCCUCAUCCCUCCUGCUGCCCCACUUCCCCACAGAACUGCUCGC